UACCCGUGCGGUUCCAUUGUGGCAAUUCCGAUUGCACGAAUCUUAACGCAGUCAGCUGCAAAAUGAACUGUCUCCUGGCUCAAAGGCGGCUUGUUCCCAUAUACCUUUCUACCAGCGGAACACUAUUUUCCAUCCCAACCCUUCGAACCUUCUCCAGCAAAACAAGCAAAGGAAAGUCAAAAUCUUCCGACUCCCCUGAGAAGAAGGCGGAAUCUCCAGCAGACACGCAAAAACCAGCUCCGCAGAAAAUCCCUCAGCGUCUCCGUCGAAAGAAGUCCAACCUCACUGUUGCUCGUCAAUUAACCAAAGAGGUAAAGGACGGACAGGGCCUGGCAAUUUUGAAACCCGGCAACGCAAUCUCCUCCAACAAAACACAAUUCUACCGAUCCACCGCGUCGGGAACCUACCGCCGCACGCACCAGCUACCUCUUCUCAACGCCUCCGCCUUGCUCAAUACGAAGGACUACUGCGUCAGCUCCGCCAACUCCGCUACCUCAAAAUCUGGAACCGAAGCGGCCCGACGAUUGCUCCGGGGAAAGCGAGACUUUGUUGCCCACCUGCGGCAGCAUGUAUUGCGCAAGGCACCGCUACGAGGAGCCAGUCCGACGAGCUUUGUCCUACAAGGCCACGGGGUUCCCGUUCAAUUAUUGCAGGAUCACAUUAAUCUGGCGGAUGGUAUUUUGACGCAAGAACACGACGCGGCCGCUGUGUCCUUCCAGCAGUAUAGAGAUCGCAGCGACGACACUAGACAUGCGUACGAGCUGAGCUCAAACUGGAUUAUGCGGGUGCGUUCGAAAACGGGGACCAAUCUCGCCAACCGACUGGCACACGACGGUCCCUGGGCAGCGUCCAUGGAAUUGUACCUAGCUGCCAUGAACCGCAUUACAACGGCACUCGGGGUAGUCUUACAGCAUGAAAUAGGAGAGAUAGUGGAUGAGUAUGAGGAUGAGUACGAAAACGUCUUCACAGAAACAAGUCAAGUAUCGAGUUACCCCCCAGCCGCCCGUCACUGGAAUGUCGAGUUUUUACGUGGUCUUACCUAUCCACCGGAAUGGGUGCCUCCUUACGAACCAAGCAACAGUUCAGAAGUCUCAAAGGAUCCCUCCCCUGUACCGAUGGUCGAAUGGAUUCCUCUCCAAGGAGCGCUGGCGCCGGGACACGUUACGGUCCGGGUCCAAGGUUUUGCGUCAUCACCCUCCUAUGACAAUACCCGUAUGCGACGACGGAAACCCCAAGCUGUGACGCUCUGUUUCGACGCCUGCUUUCGCAAUCCGACACUACCAUCAUCUGUACAAUCGUAG